AAUUUUUCCGUCCAAGUACUUGAGAGAAACACCUGACUUUUCAAUACUACCAAGUCUUGAACAGCUCAUUUUAAAAGAUUGUCGAAGUUUGUGCAACGUACACCCAUCCAUUGGAGAUCUCUGCACUCUAGUUCUGAUAAUUUGAGACGCACAAGUCUAAGUUGUCUCCCAAGAGAAGUAUAUAAGCUGAAAUCCUUAAGAACUUUCAUUCUCUCUGGUUGUUUCAAAAUUUUUAUAUUGGAAGAAGAUAUAGUGAAGUUGGAAUCCUUGAUAACUCUAGUUACUGAAAAUACAGUUGCUGAAAGUACGGCUGUGAAACAAUUGCCCUGUUCAAUUGUAAGCUCAAAGCAUUGGAUAUAUAUCUCUACGUGGAUUUGAAGCAUCACAUAAUAUUUUUCCUUCAAUCAUUCGGUCUUGGAUGUCACCAAUUGUGAAUCCACAAUCUUAUAUUAGCCCGUAUUGCAUGGAUAUGGAGAAUAAUAAGGAGCGCGACCUUGCCCCAUUGCUCAGCGUCCUUGCAAAUAUUCGAACUGUUCUUGUUCAAUGUGACGCGGAGGUUCAAUUAUCAAAGCAAGUAAAGAAAAUUCUUGUCGAAUGCAGUGUAAAUUUUACAGAGUCAAGAAUUUCAAAGCGUCAUUUGAGGUUUUCUUUGAAUUGUGUUGGAAGUUACAAUGAUUUCUUCAACACUCUCAACAAUAGCGUUUCUGAGGGAUUGGCAAGCAGUGAGUCUUAUGAUGUUUCUCUUCCAGGUGACACUAUCCUUACUGUUGGUCCAUUGGGUGAGGACAUUCUGUGUUCUUUCCAUGUGCCUCAGAAUAGUGACAUGAAGAGAAUGAUUCUAUGUGUUGUUUAUUUAUCAACCCCUGGAAUCAUGGCAACUGAAUGUCUAAGAAGUGUCUUAAUUGUUAAUUACACAAAGUGUAAAUUACAGAUACACAACCAUGGCUCAGUAAUUUCCAUUAACGAUGAUGAUUGGCAUGGCAUAAUGGCAAAUUUAGGAUCAGGAGAGAAGGUGGAGAUUUUUAUGACUUUUGAUCAUGGACUGGUCCGUCUAUAUGAUAUGUGGUGAAUCAAAUUUUGAAAUAAAGCCUUGCCAAGCCAAAGGAAAAUACCUUAAAGAAAUACCUUAAAAACAUGGUCCAAUU